CUUCGCCGUCUGUUUGUGUUCAUUCGGGAAAAAUAUCAACACCAUCACUGUUUUGAUUCAAUCAAACGGUUGCACUUGGACGCGUCGGUUUGGUCCGGAUUUUUAUUCUUCGGAAAACGAAAGGAUUCUGCAGUGUUCUGAUUUAACUUGCUUUUAAUAAACGGAAGUGAUAAUUUCCUAUAUUCGCCGAUAAAUAUGGAAUUCGAAACUAACCGGAAGCGGUUGGAAUUUUUGCGCGAAAACUUUAAGCGUUUGUGUCGGUUUUGUGGUGCAGAAACGAAUAAUCUUACGCGGAUAUUCGGCGAUAUCAGUGAAGAAGUGGCGGACCAUAAUCUUACAUCCGGUGCUGGUGCCGGGUGGGUUUACAACAGCGAACGGAACAUCGGCCAAUUGCUCGAGAAACAAUAUGUUCCGUUCACACCAUCGGACGAGUUGAACCUUCCAAACUACAUUUGCGAAAAAUGUGUCGACAGUUUGGUACGAUGGCAUCGGUUUCGCGAAACAUUUUAUUGUGUCACAAAGCUCCUGCUCGAAAUAGUAACAACAGACCCCAAACACGAUCAGUUGUCAAACACUCGCUCAAGAUCAAACUCUAUCGGUGAGGAAGAUACAAACGAUAGUGCUGAUCAGAACGGUGACUGUGAUUUUCACGAGGUUGAAGCUUUGAGUGAAAAUUCUGCUGCGGGUGACUUCGAUAUAAAGUACAUGCCCGAUAUACCCGAAAACGCAACGUUUGACGAUGUAACGAUCAUCGAGACCCUCGAAGAAGAAACUCUUUUGGAAGCUAAACAUUCAAUCGACAUUGAGGAAGAGCCUGAAGAAAUUCUAAUAACAAGAACUAGAUCGCUAAGGAAACCGAAAGCCGAUCGUGUUGGAAGGAAAACAAGGGUAAAAAAUAUUGUCCAAGAUACCAACACUGGGAAGCAAUGUCCAGAGUGUGGUGUUAUAGUGCGGUACAAGAUGAAACACCACAUGCUUAGGCAUGCUGAUCCCGAGGGACGGCCUUUCAAGUGCGAGCAGUGUGACAAAAGCUACUCGGUAAAACGGAAUCUUAUUGAACAUAUCUCGCACAAACAUGAGAACAUAAGCUACGGUUGUCUAAUUUGCGGGAAAACUUUUGUGAGUAGGGAUGUUCUUAGGACCCACACGAAGCUUCAUUUGAACCAGGAAUUUCGUUGUGAAUUGUGUGAUCAGGUGUUUCAGCAAUCGAUUUACCUGAAAAAGCACAUGGUUAUGCAUGAAGAGAAACGUUUCGCGUGUGAUGUGUGCAACAAAAACUUCCGUUUCAAGCAGCUGCUCAAACAGCAUAUGCGGAUCCACACCGGAGAAAAACCGUACCAAUGUCCUCACUGUGAGAAACAGUUUCGAACCAGGGCUCAUCUUAAUCAGCACCAGAGAACCCACACCCAGGAAAAGGCGUUCAAAUGUAGCGUCUGUCCGAUGGCGUACGCCAACAAAAAAUCUCGUGACCGACAUCAGCUGGAACACGAUUGAAGAAGAUCGGUGAGUAAAUUUUUGUUUUUCCUAAAUAAAAUUUAUUCGAGAGAA